AUGGCAGCAAACGGUGCAGAACCUAUCGUCGCACCUGAUGAAGAUGCUAACGAUCAGGACUCGUCACUUGGAGAUGAUGCGAUAUCGUCGACCGCAAGCCUGAGCAGUUCCAUCCUCGACUACCGUCAAGAAAACGGGAGAACAUACCACCGAUACAAGGAUGGAAAAUAUCACCUUCCGAACGAUGAUCGAGAAAACGACAGGCUAGACUUACAGCAUAAUUUAUUCCUUCUCACUUUCGACAACAAACUUGGUCUUUCACCCCCGAACCUCCCUGAUUCUGAGGUCAAGCGCGUCCUGGACCUAGGCACUGGUACAGGAAUUUGGGCAAUAGACUUUGGUGAUGAGCAUCCUGAAGCCGACAUUACCGGCGUUGAUUUAUCUCCCAUCCAGCCCAGCUUUGUUCCACCAAAUGUUCGGUUCCUCGUUGACGAUAUCGAUGAGGAGUGGGAUUACUCCGAGCCCUUUGAUUACAUACACAGCAGGAUGAUGAACUUUAGCGUUCAGGACUGGCCUGUUUACUUACGCAAAAUCUACCAGAACCUUGCCCCAGGCGGCUAUGUUGAACUCCAGGACAUCGAUGUUAUUAUGAAGUCCGAUGACGGAACUCUGACCGAGGACAAUGCACUCCUCAAAUGGAACAAGCUUCUAAACGAAGCAGCCAUUAAGCUAGGUAGGCCUUUCGAAAAAACCGACGCGUUCAAGAACAUCAUGGCCGAGGUCGGAUUCACUAAUAUCGUCACCACACGCUUCAAAUGGCCGACAAAUCGCUGGGCAAAGGACAAGAAGUACAAGGAGCUUGGAGCAUGGAGCAACGAAAACACAAGCGUUGCUCUGGAGUCACUAACUAUCGCGCCGUUCACGAGGGCCCACGGUUGGUCCAGGAAGGAGGUAGAUGUUUUUCUGGUCGAUGUGAGGAAGGAUUUGAACGACCCAAAGAUCCAUGCCUAUUGGCCAAUUUGCUCUGUUUACGGAAGGAAGCCUGAAGCGUGA